AACAGACAGUAAUUUAACAGCUAUUAAUCAGAAGGAGAAACGAUCUCAAACAUGAGGUUACAGCCAGCAUCUCUGAUGGAUGUAAGAGGUUUUAUUUGCUGACAAAUUAGGCCACACACACAAGAAAGAUUCUUUUUCCCUUUGAAUGUCAGGGUGGAGAGUUUCCCAGUGUAGCCCAGCAAAGACAAAGGUUAUUGGAGGCAAACAGUUCAGGAAACACUGAGGCUGUUACACACUGGACCUGAUCCAGGCUGUUCAUGAAUCAAAAGGAAGUGAACAGACACGCUCGUUUUAAUCCUCAUUUCCUGAAUAUUCCUUCAGGAAAGACAAAAUAAUGCUCAUGUUGUAAAAUGACCAACACUUUCUUGACAGCGCAACCAAAUGCAGGACACAGAGACAAAGUCAAAUUAAAAGGCGAGACAUUUAUUGGCUUUAAAAAAAAAAAAAAAAAAGGGUGAAAAUCUACACGUUCACAAAACAGGGUGAAUUCAAUUAAUCACCUGAUAAGGAUUUUCAGAUACUGCUAAAUAAUACACCUACUUUAUUUCCAUAAAACCCUCCCUGUCAUAUUUUUAAAAGCAUAUUUUCUGUUUAUUUAAAUAAAGAGUUUUAAAGGCACUUUUCAUUAAGAAGUCAGAAACUAUUUUCAGUCAGCAUUAAGGACCCCAACACAGAUCACCACUUUACAGACUUUUUAUUACAGUGUAUCCAACAACAACAACAAAAUAAACAGCUUUGUGAUUCAGGAAUCAGGAAUUCAGGAAUCCAAGGUACCUGGGCGAGGCACUAAAGCUGCCGUUCUUCGGUGGGCGGUGCUGCCCUCGAGGGAGUAAACGCUACUCUGCCUACGUAACGUUCUCCUUAUUUAGCGCUGCUGUGGAGGACAGACACUUUACCGCCUCAUUCACAGGAUGAAGACUCUGGGCUUUUUGUGCAUUCUUCUAUUUUUAUGCAGAGAGGUUUUCGGAAAGUUGAUCCAAGCUCCUUUAGGAGAUGGAGUUGAGUUUCUGCUGUCAGAGGAGUGCCUGAAGGGACGGGGGAGACUAAAUCUGCGUAGGAAUGAUGCCAGCACGGAGCUGAUCGCCUCCCUGGAAAACGUCUGGAAACCCGGACCACAACAUCCACACCGCGUGAAUCAAAGAGGGCUCUCUCUCAUCCUGGAAAACGCAGAUCUGAACGACGAAGGGCUGUACGAGUUUACGUGCAACGGCAAAGACUUGGAAGCGAUCAAGCUGGAAGUAUUUGUCCCCUCUGAAGUUGCUGUAACCGAGGGCGAGGAUGCCACACUCCCGUGCCGCUCUGUCACCGCGGGCCAGUCGGUGAAAUCUGCGCGCUGGAGGAGAAAUGGAAACGCGGUGCUUCAGCUGGAUGGAACAGGAGGAAUCACAUACGGGGAAGACGUUGACACAAGCCGGGUGUCGAUACCAUCAGAGUGGGACCGACAAGCAGACCUGUCCCUCACCAUAAAGAGAGUCCAGCAACAAGAUGAAGGAGUUUAUUACUGUGACAUAGACAAGGCAGAGAGACACCGCUCUGCUGUCCGCCUGCGAGUCCACCCUCAAGUCCCCACAGCAGCCGGUAGCACACCUCUGCCUACAACCACACCGACGCCAUCAGAGUCCUCUGAUAGGACAUGGAUCACAGUGAUCACAGUCCUUGUAACAGCAGCUGUAACAUCUGGUAUCGUUGUUCCUCUGACUUUCCUUUUGGGCAGGAAACAGAGGAGAGAAACAAGAGAUGAAGAGACCGGAGCCCAACUAAACGGGCAGGACCCUGCUGACGUAGUAGGCGAGGCCCAGGGAGAUUACCAGCAGCAGCAGGACCCUCCAGAAGUCCAGGUCCUCCACAAACUCCUGCCAGGUGGUCCUGAUGCUGGACAGAACGCCCUCAGUGCUCUGCAGGGUCGGGUUCACCGGAUCCAUCACCCGGCUGCCUGUCAGCUGCUGGUGAAGCCGUAUUUCCAGGAUCACUACAGAGAUCAAUCUCAUCUUUACCUCCACAUCCCGGAGAUUCUCGCCCGAGCCUGUACUGCCAGUGUGACAAGAGAGCUCUCCAACUCUCCUCAUGUUUAUUACCGCUUCUUACCGAUUGUUUGCCGGGUGUCUGGGAAACUGAUCCAGACCGCUGCAGGAGACGAUGUUAGGUUUGCCCUGACAGAGGAGUGCAAGACGGGAAAAGUCUCACUACAUCAUCAGCUGAUGGAUGGCACCGAUCAGCUGGUCGCCUCUUUUGACGGUGUCUGGAAGCCGGGACCGGGUUACAUUAACCGGGUGGAUAACAGCUCCGACUCUCUGAUAUUAAAGAGAGCAGAUUUCAACGAUCACGGCUAUUACGCGUUUACCUGCAACUACAAACAGAGGGGGGAGCUGGAAGAGUUGCACGUUUUUCUGCCCUAUAAAGUUGUCGCACCCCGGGGUGAUAAUGUCACGCUGCCGUGUCGCUCCGUUACAGUCGGUCAGGCUGUGAAAUCGGUGCGCUGGAGGAGAGACGGAGAGCUGGUGCUGGAGCUGAAUCCUCCGUCUAAGCAAAUCACCUACGGAGACGGCUAUGAUGAAAGCCGAGUGUCCAUACCAUCAGACUGGUACCAGCGAGGAGACCUGUCCCUCACCGUGAAGCGAGCUCAGCUCGCGGACGAGGGAGUGUAUUACUGUGAUGUGGAGAAGACAGAGAGACACCGCUCUGCUGUCCACCUGCACGUCUCCACACCAUCACCACCACCACCGGGCAGCACCUCACAGCCUGCAACCACACCGACGCCAUCAGAGUGCUCUGACUGGUCGUGGAGAACAUUCUUUAUAACAGCAGCUGUAUUUGUGAUCGUUGGCCUGCUUGUUUGGCUCUGCUGGUUUCUGAGGAACAGGAAAUUCAAAGUGUGCACUCGAGGAUUUCGUGGAAGAUCCUCAGAGCAAACUUGA